AUGCGCACGACGCUGACCCGGCCGGGCGGCGCAGCCGCUCCCGAUGUAGUCCCAUACGCCUCAGCCGCGAACCUGCGCCGCGCCGUGCGGCGCGUCUCUGCCUUGCUGCGGCCGCGUGGCUCCGCCCCGCCGGCGUCUGGGGCCAGGAGGGUGCGGCUUCCGCGCGGGCCGGGGCUUCCCGGGCCUCACGGGUCGUCUUCGGCGCCUCCGCCUCUGUACGAACGUAGGUGGUACGGUGGGGGCUUCCAGACCUUCGUCUCAAACCGAAGACACCAGCUUGCGCCCCCACCUACCGCUACCCCCGCUAUUCUAAAGACUCCAGCUGAGGAAGGCCAUCAGCUCAGGCAGAGGGAGACACGGCAGACGACGUCCAGAACACACGAAACAGAACCUAGGCGGGCCACUUCAACAAACCCGGGCCUCGCCCUCCCGCACACAACGCCGCGCCCCACCCCUCCCAACCGGAACUGCAACCCGCGUGCUCCGCGCCCCUCGCACCGCGUGACGCUCGCGGUCGCCUCCCCGGACCCACUGGGCAGGCGCGGGGCGCGCGCAUGCGCGGCAGGCCGGCUGCCGGGGUCUCGAGCCGCUGCAAUCUGUUGCGCCGCCGCCCGCGGGAGCCGGCAGAUCCGGGUCUCGUGGCUUAGAGUGACGUGGUCAGUCGGAUCAAAACAGAGGAGGGGAGGAAGCCGGCGGCCAGGAGCGGCGGCGGCAGCGGCUUAUCGAGCAGCCGCAGCGUUCCGGAAGCUGCAGGCGGGCUUUCUGCCCGAGGCUUAG